GUCGCCAUCUGUCGCCGUAAUUAUGACAAUUAUUAAUUAUAAUCCAAUCGUAUGAAAUUGUCAUGAAUAAUUUUUACAUGCUAUAACCUAUUUGAUACAUAUACGAAAUUGAGACAUAUCGAAAUAUGCAAAUAUUUCUUUGGAUUAUUUAUCGAAAAGUUCGUAAAUAAUUUUUAUUUGAUAAAUCAAAACUUGUGCGAUCUUGAUACACGUAACGCUAAUAGAUCGAUAAUAAAUUCGAAGAUAAUAAAGGGAUAUAGUUUUUGAUCUCAAAAGAAAUCGACAUGGGUAUGUGUUUUGGUAAAAGAAAAAGUCCUAGAAACAAUAGAGAUAAUAUGAACCAACUGAAAGAAAAUUCCGGACCUAUAAUUUUCUUGGUCGGUGCACCGGGAAUUGGUAAACGCGAGCUGGGUAGAAGACUAUCCUCGAAAUAUGGUUUCAUCAUGAUUUCGACGGGGGAUUUGUUGAACCAGGAGAUCCAGAAUGGUUCGGAGAGAGGUCAAAAGUUCGCGGAUAUGACGAAGGUGGGACAAAGUGUUCCAGCGAAUGACAUUCUUCCUAUGGUCGAAGAACAGCUGAUGAAUCAACCUAAUGCCGUGGGAUUUCUCAUUGUUGGUUUUCCUCGUGAUAGGACACAAGUAAAGCUUAUUUAAUUUCUUUUUCUUUUUUCCUUUUUUUUUGUCUCUUUUCUUUUCUUUUUUUCUUCUUCUUUUUUCUUCUUCUUCCUCCCUCCUCAAUAUUUCCUCUCGUUUCUUUUUAUUCUCGUUUCUUUAUCUUCUUUUAUUUCCUUUUAUUUUAUUUAUAUAUUUACUUCUUUAUUCGUUUCAUUGUUCCGUCGGGAGAUAUUCGAAAAUUCAAUUUUCCAAAAAGCAUCGUUUUAAAAGAGAAUAACGCCGGGAAUAUUCAUACCAUCGAACAAUAUCCCAUCGUUUGACGGCAGGCGACGUUGUUCAACAAAGAAGUGAAACGGCCGUCGUUGGUGCUCCAUUUGCAAGUCAAAAAUGACGUUCUGUCUGAAAGGGUGAAAAAUGCUACGGCCAAGAACGAUAAAAAUUCGGAGAAGCUUUCGA